AACCCCUCACUCCCUUCACUCGUAUUCUCACAGCAACCCGAGAAACGAUUUUGGAUUUAGGUUUUCGCUCUCUCUAUCGCCGAUUGAAAUCAUUCAAUCUCCUCCUCCGAUUUAGGGUUCCGCCGAUGACUUUUUCCCCCAAAAUUGAAUCAUCGUUUUCAUCUGUUCGUCACCGUUCAUACUUUAUGAACCUUGGCAAGCUUUGGUGUUCCUUCAAAAACUUCUUUCGUCACUGGACUUGAUCACUAGGGUUUCACUUUUCUCUCUCUUCAAUCUCUCUCUCUUUCUGCUUUUACAAUCAAUUUUCUCUCUUUCGAUUUCAUAGUAACACACUUGUUCACGUUAUUGUAAUCGUUUUCUGAGUUACGAGGUUUCGAUCAAUUUUUUUUCCGACUGAGGUUGUUUGUUCGCUACGACAACAAACAACCUCGGUGUUGGAUUCUGUAAUUUUGUUAUUGAUUUGAUUUGAUUCGAUGGCUAUACCGAAAUUGGUUCCGGGGUUUCGAUUCUCUCCAACUGGAGUUGAAUUGAUCAAAUAUUUCCUCAAAAGGAAAGUGAUGGGGAAAAAGUUUCUUAACGAUGUCAUUGCUGAACUUGACAUAUACAAAUACGCACCUUGGGAUCUCCCAGAUUUAUCUUAUCUCCAAAAUGGGGAUUUAGAAUGGUAUUUCUUCUGUCCCAUUGAGAAGAAGUAUGGAAAUGGGUCGAGGAUGAAUCGAGCUACGGAAAUAGGGUUUUGGAAAGCUACUGGUAAGGAUAGAGCUGUUCAACAGAAUAAUCAAACUGUGGGGAUGAUUAAAACACUGAUAUUUCAUACUGGAAAAGCACCUCGUGGGGAUCGUACUGAUUGGGUUAUGCACGAGUAUAGGCUUGAAGAUAAGGACCUAGCUGAUAAAGGAAUUGUUCAGGAUUCCUACGUAAUCUGUAAGGUAUUUCAAAAGGAAGGUCCUGGUCCCAGGAAUGGUGCACAAUAUGGGAGACCAUUUAAUGAGGAAGACUGGAGUGAUGAUGAAGUAGGAACACCGUUUGCUGAGCCGGCUGCACUAGCUCCCACUUUGCCUGUGACAUCUAAUAGUUUUGUUCUAAAUGACCAGAAUCUCCAUGCUAUUGGAUAUAAUGGUUCAAUAUCCAUGCCAUGUCAAUCCGGAUUGGUGCCUUCUCCCGAUCCAGCAAAUUCAUGUCAAACAGGAUUACCGCCUUCUCCUGACCCUGCAAAUUCAUCUCAAAUAGGAUUGACGCCUUCUCCAGAUCCUGUGAAUUCAUGUCAAACAGGAUUUAUGUCGUCUCCCGACCCUUCAAAUGCAUGUCACAUAGGAUUUAUGUCGUCUCCUGACCCUUCAAAUUCAUGUCAAACAGGGUAUAUGCCGUAUCCUGAUUCUGCAAAUGAAUGUCAAAUAGGAUUUAUGUCUCCCGACCCUGCAAAUUCACAUCAAACAGGAUUGGUGCUGUCUCCCCCUGACCCUGUAAAUUCACAUCUAACAGGUUUGGUGCCUUCUCCCGACCCUGUGGAUAAUUCAUAUCUAGAAAAUCAAGCUGUUAAUACUGAUAACAUUUUAUCAAUGCUUGAUAUGUUCAACGACAACGACAUAUUGCCUGAGGAAAACAUUGCUGAAGGUGCACUAUCAACCGACUUUUUUGAUGGUUUGGGAGACCUGGAUUGCCUGGGACCUGUUGGCCAGAAUGCUGACUUUAGCACAUACGGUAUGGCUUCUACGGGUGAUGACUACUUGGAUUUCAUGGAGUUGAUUGAUCUAGACUCCGAGAUGUUCUGGCAGAGUGCUGCUGAACCUAAGUUGGACCCAAAAUAAAGAAUUUUCAUUGGUCCUUUUGGCAUGAUAUUUUCUGACGACUGAGCGUCGGACUUAAUACUUUGGCACUAUUGCUGCAGUGCUGGCCAGAAGGUGAUUCGGUCAUUGGCACAUAGACACAUUGUUUGAAUUUGUCUGCCUUUAUAUAUAUUUUAGUGGUUAAUAAAUAACUGAAGUAAGUAAUGUAUUAUUGUGAUUUGGGUGCCUUUCCUUUGAUAAUUGUCUCAGAAAAUCGUGAAUGGACACGCUCUUGGUGGCUCAA